CAGAAUUUUCUCGUUUCAGCUAUGUCAUAAUUUAAAAAUAGAAAAUAUGAGAUGAUAUAAAUAAACUCUGUUAAAUAUAUAUAAAUAUGUUGUAAUUAAAUACUAUUAAUAAAGACUUAAUAUAGCACAUCAAAUUAAUAUGAUUAGAACAGUGGUUCUCAAACUACACCUUCCCACGAAUUUCCUCAAUAAAGUUUUUGACAGACCGUAAUAAAAUACAAUUUUUGGCGAACCUAUCAGAGUGGAAUUAAUUUUUCCUCUUAAAUAACAUUAUGAAGUCUUUAUUAGAUACAGAGAAAACUGUCACACUGUCGAUAAUUUGAGAAACUCUGGGUUAGAAUAGAGGCAGGAAGAUAACACUACUAAUAGUGUCUAUGAAAUCUAUUUUUAAUCUGGCACAUUUAAUUUCGUUCGAAUCGUGGGGCGAACACAGUUUAAAAUAAACUUGAAACAAUCUAGUAACAUCUGGACAGUUCUGAAUCCUUUUUAACGCGAUGCAGAAGCUGUACCGGCCACAGUAUUGCAUUGUAGACUUUCGAAAGUGUUACCGGUAAUCAAACGUUUGACGGGUGUAUCUCUGAUUCAUUGACAAAUCCAUCUAUUUUCUAUUAAAACAUCUUCUAUCAUGACAAAAACAACUUUGACUGCACACGAAUGGAAAGAGAAGGGUAAUCAGGAGUUCAAUAAAGAGAAUUGGUCAGAAGCUUUGAGUUGUUAUACGAAUGCCUUGAAGCUCACAGAUGAAGACAAUUCUGAAAAAGCUGUAUAUUAUAAGAAUCGUGCUGCUGCAUACUUGAAACAGAAAGAAUAUAACAAAGCUGUUAUGGACUGCGAUGAAGCUCUUAAAAUAUGUCAGAAUGAUCCCAAAGCAUUAUUUCGCAGAUGUCAAGCAUUGGAAGCAUUAGAAAGAUUUGAAGAAGCUUAUCGAGAUGCAAGAUAUAUUAUUUCAGCAGAUCCUGGCAACAAAGCUAUACAACCCAUUGCUGCACGAUUACAUGAAAUUGUACAAGAAAGAUACAAACAAAAUUCUCGUGUCAGUGCCAAGGUAUCGCAAAUGAUGGAUAUUGCUUUUCAAAUGGAAGGAGAUAGUGAAAAGCGUAAAACAGCAAUGAAUAAUUUACUUGUUCUUGUGUGGGAAAGAGCAGGAGCAGAAGUGAUGUAUAAGGAGGGAAUUGUUUCUAAAAUCAUGAAAAUUCUAAAGCUUGAAAAGAAUGAAGAAAUAAUAACAGAUGCAAUUAGGAUCAUUGCAGAAUUGUGUAAAGAUAACAUUAGUCGGACUAAAAGUAUUCUGCAAGAUAUUGGUAUACCUUGGUGUUUAGAAAUGAUCAACAGCAAAGUUACAGAAAGAGUAAAUGCUGCUCAAUAUUGCUUACAGACUAUACUUAAUACUUAUAGUGGGAUGGAUAAUAAACCAGAUUCGAAACCAAAAAAAGAAUUAUGUGACAAAUACCACAAAGAAAUUGAUACUAUUUUAUCCUGUCUUUUAUACAGUGUAACAAGUAGAACUAUCUCUGGAAUAGCUAGAGAUGCAAUUAUAGAACUUAUUAUGCGUAAUAUUCAUUAUACUGCUCUAAAUUGGGCAGAACGUUUAGUUGAACUUCGCGGCUUACAACGUUUAAUGGAGGUAGCAAGUGAACUUGAAGAAUAUAAGUAUGAAUCUUCAAUGAAUAUUACAUCAUCUACUAGAACUGUGACCAGUGUAUGUCUAGCAAGAAUUUAUGAAAAUAUGUAUUAUGAUGCAGCAAAAGAAAGGUUCAGUGAUGCUAUCAAUGAAUACAUUAAAGAUAAAUUACUUACACCAGAUAUGGAAUCUAAGGUUCGUGUUGUAGUUGCAAUAACAACUUUAUUGCUCGGUCCAUUGGAUGUUGGAAAUACGAUAAUCGCUAGAGAAGGUAUCUUGGAAAUGAUACUUGUUAUGGCUGGCACAGAUGAUCUAUUGCAACAAAAAGUUGCUUGCGAGUGUAUUGUUGCUGCUGCAUCCAAAAAAGACAAGGCCAUCGCAAUUAUAAAUCAGGGCGCGAAUAUCUUAAAAAAAUUAUAUCAAUCUAAAGACGAUUCUAUCAAAGUACGCGCUUUGGUAGGGUUAUGUAAAUUAGGAAGUUCGGGUGGUACGGAUGCAACUAUAAGACCAUUUGCCGAUGGUGCAACAAAAAGAUUAGCAGAAGCUUGUAGGAGAUUCCUAAUUAAUCCUAAAAAACAGAAGGAUAUGAGAAAAUGGGCAGUAGAAGGAUUAUCGUAUCUUACUUUUGAUGCGGAAGUUAAAGAAAAAUUAAUUGAAGAUCGUGAAGCAAUUCAAGCAAUGAUAGAACUUGCUAAAACUGGAGACCAAUCUGUAAUCUACGGUGUUGUUACAACAUUAGUAAAUUUGUGUAAUGCUUAUGAUAAACAAGAAAUGAUACCAGAGAUGGUAGAAUUAGCUAAAUUUGCUAAACAUCAUAUACCCGAAGAACAUGAACUUGAUGACGCAGACUUCGUAAACAAGAGAUUGAUUUCUUUGGCUAAAGCUGGUGUUACGAGCGCCUUAGUUAGUCUCUCUAAAACUGAAAGUCAAAACAGCAAAGAAUUAAUAGCACGCGUUUUCAAUGCAAUUUGUAGCCAACAAGAAGUAAGAGGAAUUGUUGUUCAACAAGGUGGAGCAAAGGCCCUUUUACCAUUGGCUUUAGAUGGAACAGACAAAGGAAAAAAACAAGCAUCGCAAGCUCUCGCUCGUUUAGGAAUUACAAUAAAUCCAGAAGUUGCAUUCCCUGGACAAAGGAUAAUGGAAGUAGUUCGUCCAUUCAUAAAUCUUUUAAAUCCCGAAUGUUCCGCGCUUGAAAAUUUUGAAGCCUUGAUGGCUUUGUGCAAUUUAGCAGGUAUUAACGAUAACAUUAGAAAACGAAUUCUGAAAGAAGGAGGCUUUCAAAAAGUUGAGGCUUAUAUGUUUGAAGAUCACGACCUGUUAAGACGUGCGUCCGUUCAAGUAGUGAAUAAUUUAAUAAUGUGCGAAGAUACUGUAAAAUUUUACGAGGAAGAAAACGACAGAGUUAAAUAUUUAGUAAUUCUUUGCGAAGAUGAGGAUACAGAUACAAGUAUGGCGGCAGCAGGAGCUUUAGCUAUGUUGACAUCGGUUAGCAAAAAAUCGUGUAUGAAAAUAUUCGAUGCAAAAGAUUGGUUGGACGCACUCCGGUUUUUACUUGCGAAUCCAAAUCCUGAUUUGCAACACAGAGGAGUUGUAAUUGUUUCAAAUAUGAUCAAAAGCACGAAAGAAAUUGCAGCUAAACUAAUUGAAACCGACGUAAUGGAAAUUUUAAUGGCUUUAACAAAGAGUGAUACAGUGGAAAAUAAAAAAGUAAAAGAAAUAGCAUCUGAUGCAUUAAAAGUUGCAUCAGAAUGGAAACUUAUUAAGAGUGCAAAUGAAGAACAAACAACACAAACUACAAAUAAUUUGGAAAAUGUUGAAUAAACAAUGCAAUGUAUAAUUAAUUAUGAAAACCAUAAAUACAGCAUGAAAUGUAUAAUGAUAUUAUAUUUCAUAACAGCAUGAAGUGCCUUAAAAGAUAUGUCAGUCUGAUCUUUUAUAACAAAUUUUAUUUAUAUAGAUAAUGGAAUAAAGAACAUUGAUACUUACGAACUUUUUUUAGAAAUAGUCAAAUCAAAAGUAUUGCAUUUAUUAACAGUUUGAUAUUAUAUACUAUUGUUGCCAAUAAAAUUAUUUAUUUACUGUUUAAAAA